CAAAUAUUUUUGUUUAACAAGAAUAACUUCUCAAUCCCGAUCUUAAGUUAAACUUAAGCUGGCUGCUCUUCGAAGUACAUGGAUUCAUUGGAUUUAUUUUUUCGAUGGUACUAGUUUUCCCAUUUUGUUCGAGUGUUUGCGUUUCAAACUGGCCGCCGCCGCCACCAACAAGUUCAUUAAACUUGUUUGUCUGCUGAGCUCGGCUCGGUUCGGGUUCGGAUUUUGGGCCGUAAUGAUCGUAGACACGUUCUGCGAUGGCGAUGGUGACUGUGGCUAAAUGCAUUCCCCAGAUGCAAUGCCAAGCUGCCGAGUUGCCAAGUUAGUUGGCCAAGACUUUUCCUCUCGGCGGGAAGCGGAAUGAGAGCUCUCGGUUGUGGACGUCAGUUUGACCUACGGGCUUGGGGUUCGAGUUUGAGUUUGAGUUUCAGUCUGAGUUUGAGUUUGAGUUCGGGUGCAGGGAGUGUGAAAGAUCGGCCCAUGUUUGCUUUAUGUUAUAUUGGCCUUUGUUUUUCCCGCGGCGCGAUUGUCUGCUAUGUUUCCAUUUUCCACCUGGAGAUUGCAGGUGGAAAACAAUUAAACAAUUAUUGCUCUUGUCGCGCGAGUUCGCUGCCGUGCAAUCGCUGAAGUUGCCAAUGUUGCCAAUGUGCAGGUGCCACAAUUCUUGGCACGCAAUUCGAACAGAAAUACGACUACAAAUCGAGACAACAAUACCCUCGGUGAGGAAAACCCAUCGAGCGUUGCUGCUGCUGCAUUGCCCACUUAAUCUUGAAUCUUGAAAAUCGGGUCAGGAGGUUGGCCCCACUCUGAGUGGGACUUGGUUAACAAAAACGGCUUAAAAGUAAUACGAGUUAUCAUAAAACCAAGUGAAAACGAAACAGAAACAGAAACAGAAAAUUAUGACUGACAUUGGUAAUUAAUUUACUGGCCGGGGGGUGUAAAACUGAUAAGGUUGUGGACCUAGACUGAGAACUCGCCCUUCCUCAAGAUAAAGAAACCUCUCGUCCGCGAAUAAUAAUAAGGCAAUCGCACAAAGCCAGACAAACAUAAACAAAUCAUCGACCAAAUGCCCAUGACUGUCUCACCUAUUUCGGUUCGCCAAUGCAAUUUCUCCAAAAAAAAAAAAAAAAAAAAAAAAAAAAAAACAAAAACAAAAAUAAAUACGCCUAUAUGAGUAUCAGCGACUGGCAACGGAAGCAGUUUCCUGGAGGUCUCCCUGCGCUACUUCGACGAGCAGCUGCUCCUGGACAUCCUGCCACGCGCCACGUGUCCUGGCGAAGAUGAGGCCUCUCCGAUGGACGAGUUCGCCGACCUGUUUACGGUGGAGCAACUCCGUCAGGGUUGGGUAGUGUUGCACGUCUUCGCCGCAGUGUACUUCUUCAUCCUGCUGGCCAUCAUUUGCAACGACUACUUCCUGCCGACGGUGGAGUGCAUCUGCGAGGACCUGCAUCUCUCCAAGGACGUGGCGGCGGCCACCUUCAUGGCCACGGCCACCUCGAUGCCCGAGUUCUUCACGAACACGAUCAGCACUCUGAUCCUGGAAUCCGAUAUGGGCCUGGGCACGAUCAUCGGAUCGUUGAUGUUCAACACACUCGGAGUGGCCGGCUUGGCCGCCCUGGCCAUCGAAAAGCCGGUGCAGCUGGACUGGUGGCCAAUAGCCCGCGACUGCUUCAUUUACAUCUUCAACACGAUCAUCCUGCUGGUGUUGGCCUGGGGAGGCAGCAUUAGCUUCACGGAGUCCUGCAUCAUGAUGGGAUUCCUGGUGCUCUACUACCUGAUCACGUUCAACAACAACAAGUUCAUGCCGGCCAUCCGGGUGUUUAUCGAGGAUCGGAUGAACUGCUGCUUCUCCACGCGAUAUGACCUGACGGAGCCCCCAGAGAACAGUGCCAAGGCUCAGCUGCCGCUAAAGAAGGAUCCACUGUCCGGCGAUGGCCUCUUCGUGGUCAAUCUUCCCGAGAACACAUCCUCCAUGUCCUCCACGGCCAACCUGACACACUCGAAGCUUUGGAAUGGCGAGGACGACGAGGAGGACGGAAUGCCCAAGAGCAUAUACGCCUACCCGCGCGACAAAUCCGGAUGGAAGCAGUUCUGGUGGAUCUUCGUCUUCCCCAUCAAGUUCACUCUAUCGCUGCUGAUCCCGCAUCCGAUGAAGCACCGCCGCCUCUACCCGCUGUCAUUCAUCAUGUGCAUCCUGUGCAUCGGCGGGAAUGCCUACCUAAUUGUCUGGAUGCUGACUGCCUUCGGUGUGGCUAUUCACGUGCCCACCAUUGUGAUGGGGCUCACCUUCCUGGCCGCCGGAUCCACCAUGCCGGAAGCCGUUUCCAGUCUUAUUUCGCUAAGAAAUGGUGAAAACGGCAUUGGAGUUUCAAACUCGUUGGGCGCCAACUCCCUGGCCAUCCUGUUGUCCCUGGGAGUGCCGUGGUUCAUCAAGAACUGCAUCCACUACAGCACCGGGGAGCCCCAGCAGGUGGGCACCCAGGGCAUCGAGUACAACAUCCUGAUCCUGAUCGUCUCCACGGUGGCGCUCUUCGUGAUCCUGAGCUUCAGUGGCUACCGCCUCACAAAGCGAGUGGGCGUGGCUCUUUUCACGGUCUACGGAGUGUUCAUCGUCCUCCAGAUCCUCAUCGAGAUGAACGUCUUCUUCCCAAGAGACUGCAGUAGCUAGUGAUGGUGUCUGGAGUCUGGAAACCCACGGAAGUAGGAGAAAACCAACCUUGCCCAAUACUUUUGGUGCUGGCACCAGGAGAUUAUUACUCUGAAACCCGCUACGGGUCCUAAAAUCACUUGGGAAUAUUUUGGUUAACUUUAGAUUUGCUUAAGUCUGAGAAACUAAAAUGAUAAGUUCAAGAUCUUGACGAUUUAGCUGUUUUGUAAUUAUCAUUUGUAUAUUCGAUCACAUAACAGAAGUAGCAUACGAGUAUAACCUGUUUUUUUUUUGUUGUUACCAUAGUUUACACUUUGAUUAUUGCCUAAGACUGUCUUUAGGUUUAGACGAUAAAGCAACUAUUUCUAUUUAUUUCGCGUUGAAUUAAUUCUACAUAUGACUCAGUGCAUAUUCCAUAGCCUGUAGUACCAUCCACAAAUGUUUGAACCGUUGCCAAAGCCCAAAUCGGGAUAUUAUCAGUUAAGAGGAUAAUACACACACAUACGAGUAUACAUAUGUAUCUGAAAGUGCCCACUUCGUUCACCAAACUUCCUGCCAAGGGCCGUACAAACUCAACAACAACAAAAUCCAAAAACACCCACAAAACCCUAUGUUGAUAUUCCGCGCUUCCACGCGUGCUUAGUGCUGUAAGGACUAUUUGUUAACGUUGUCUUAACCCUUGAUACCAUUGUUAUUAAUUUAUAAAUACAUCGUAAGACAAAUGUUACCGAA